AUGGAGAGACCAGUGAAGGAUGGGAUCCUUUAUGUGCAGCACACCAAAUUUGGAAAGAGGUCCUGGAGGAAGAUGCGAGCCCAGCUGUUCGCUGCCAGCCCGUCUGGCGUGGCCCGCAUGGAGAAGUUUGACGUGCGGGAUGAUGGCACAGUCCCAGAGAAGGUGUCCCUGCAGCGCUGUGCCCGCCGCGUCAUCCGCCUCUCUGACUGCGUCUCCGUGGGCCCGGCGGGCACCCAGAGCUGCCCCAAAGCCACUGCUGCCUUCUACCUCACCACCACGGAGAAGAGCUAUGUGCUGGCAGCCGAGCAGCGCGAUGAAUGGAUCACCCAGCUCUGCCAGCUGGCCUUCCAGGGGUCGAGUAGUGCCAGGACCCAGCCCAGCCCCGCUGUCCCCAUGGAGGAGAAUUCUCUCUACUCAUCCUGGCAGGACCUGACUGAAUUCUUGGUGCUGGUGGUCCAGACAGAUGCAGCCACCCGCUGUGGGCUGCACGGGCACUACCUGCUCUCAGCCCUUCCCCAGAGCCUGACGCUGAAGGACCCCCAAUCCCGCCAGCCCCUGCUCACCUGGCCGUAUCCCUUCCUUCGCAAGUUUGGCCAGGAUCAGGCUGUCUUCUCCUUCGAGGCUGGCCGCCGCAGUGACUCCGGCGAGGGCACCUUCACCUUCAGCACCCCACGGGCCCCUGAGCUGUGCCGCGCUGUGGCUGCUGCCAUUGCCUGCCAGCAGCAGGGCAAGGACAACCUGGACCCCAGACUCUUCUGUGUCUCAGAGCCCCAGCUCUUUGCACAGGGCCUUGAUCCCCAGCCCUGGGGGCCUGGGAACGAUGAUCCCCAGCCCAGCUCAGCCCUGGGGGGGACACAGCCUGCCUCCCACCCCCCUGCCAACCUCCUCCGCUUCACCCCACCAGAGCCAGAGGCCUCAUGCCCCAUCGUCUAUGCCUCCAUCGCCCGGGGCCAGCAGCCCCUCUUUGUGUCAGGGCAGCCAGGCUCUGGGGAGCCCUGGGCCGUGGGGAAGCCGCUCCCUGAGCAUCUCUACGAGAACAUCUUCACUGCAGAACCGCAUCCAGCCGGGGCCCAGGAAGAGGAGGAGGAAGGGCAGUGGGAGCUGGGGUGCCGACAGGCCCCCGAGGGCCACAGCAGUGAGGGGGGGGCCGUCUAUGACAACCGGGCCGCCAUGGCACCGACCCCCCGGGCCGCGGGCUGGGGGCGCGGAGGGCAGGAGGCGCUGUCAGGGCGCUCCGGGCACAAGCCUCACAGCACCCUUCGGGCCAAGCUCGUGCGGCUGCUGAGCCGGGAGAGCCCCGGAGCGCGGGACUGGGCUUGA